AUGGCGCGCGUGGUGGUCGAUCUGAACAACCUACUGGCGGACUCGCAGUCCGGGUCGCUCAUCCAGAUAUGGAUGCCGGACAGGGAGAACGGAACCGCCCAGCUGCAGACGCAGGGCCUGCCAUACGCGGUGACGGGCACGGGCGACCUGCUGGCGCUGUUUCGCUGCAUAUCGUGCCGCUACCACUUCAGCACGGACGUCAUGCAGCCCAAGCUGCUGGGCGCCCCCGGGCGGGUGUACACCACGCUGGAGCCGGAGAUGUGCAACGACCUGCAGAAGUACCACAAACAGAUCUACCUCAGGGUGAACGAGGCACAGCGGUGCAUGGUGCAUUCCACGGUGGUGAUGCCCUUCUUCGAAACUCCCACCAGGGAGAGGCCCGUUGGCGUCCUGGAGGUCAUAAAGACUGCCAAGAAUGUGUCUUUCAGCGACUUGGUGGAGCGCCUCUCUGAGGCUCUGUCUCGGGUUGAUUUCUACUCUUCAGAUAUGGACAGCCGCAGCCUCGAGCUUGGGCUUCGCCAGUGGCCCUUGGACGUGGACAACUCCUUGGUGGAGGUUGCGCGGAGGGCGCAGGUGGAAGAGCUCCCUGUGGAUGGUGAAGAAGCAUCUGGCACAGGGGAAACAGAGGCAGAUGCAUCACCAAACAAGUUGAAACGGAACUUACCCAAAAUUAAGAGAGAUCCCUCUCCAGAUGCAGACCAUGCAGGAACUUCGAAACCUGAGAAAGAUGCUCCAAAGGAUGUCCGAGCUGAGAAGAAAGAACAGCCCAUGCACACAACCCUGGGCUUGAGCAGCUCCGCUCCAAACCUCACUGCACAGCUGGACACAAGCCGGUCUCAAGCAGAUGCCUCUGCCAGCAUGCCUCAGGUUGUCGGCGGUGUGCCAUGCAGCGUCAACUAUCCAUUCCCCACCUACUUCACACCGACGGUGGCUGGGGCCGGGGUGUGCUAUCCCAAUGGUGCGCAGCACCCAGGGAUGCCAUAUAUGACUGUUCCCACCAUGCAGGGCUCCAUGCCAGUCAUGCCGCAGUUUGGCCUCAACCAAGCGGAGCUGCCUGCAGCCCCCCGAAUUGCUGGGCCCUUGAACCCUGCAACGUUCAACCCUGUGAACAGCACCCAGGACAUGGCGAGCGCGAUGUUGCACAUGCAAAACUUCCAGUCCUUGCUGCAGGAGAUGCAACCAGGGGAUCGGCGGGUCAAGAGUGAUAUCCGCAGAGCCAAGACAAGCAUGGGCACAGGCCGGCACCUGACGUUCGAUGAUCUGAAGCGCCACAUGAAUGUGGGUCUGAAGGAAGCUGCGGCACAGCUAGGCAUCUGCCCCACAACGCUGAAGAGGGCGUGUAGGAGGAACGGUAUCACACGGUGGCCUUGCCGGCAGCUGGCUAAGCUAAACAAGACGAUGGGCGACAUGGGGUACAAGGGUCCGCCCCCAGAUGAUGUGCUGGAGUCAGCCUUCAGGGGCCAGCUCAAGACCAGCGACCUGCCAAAGGAUUUGAGUUCCACCGAAUUGAACACAUUGGGUGAGGCUGGUGGCGCCACUACCCAGAGUUUGGACAUACAAGAUGUGCGCAGGAGGCUUGCUGACGGUGUCAGUUCCGCACCAGCAGAGCUCAACGUUUUGGCGGGCUCCAGUUCUUCCCAUGGCUUUCUGUCAACUGUGCUUGGAGAGCAGGACUACGAGUGGACAACAACUGGCGAUGAUGCUGACGAUGACAUAGGCGUCGACGAGGACGAGGACGAGCCAGACCCAAACCGCUCUGCUGGUCUGCAGUGUAGUGCUAUGCCUGGCAACCCUGAACAGGAUGCCAAGAUUACUGUACCCCUUUCGGGCGCGGCCACAUCUGCCACAAUGGAUAUCCCCUUCAUGGCUGGUGUGUCAGAUCCACAGGGCGGGGUACACCAAGGGUGUGGUGGUCAGUCACGCCAGACUAUCCCGGAGGGCGGUCUCAUGCUCGCUGAUUUCCUGCAGGACACCUUCGAUGUCGGUCAUCUGGACAGGCUAGAUAUUGACAUGCCAGAUCUUGGGGAGCUUGGCCAACAGGCGUCUUAG